CUUUUGGUCUCAAUUGAUCUAAAAUUCGUUUGUUAAUAUAAAGCCUCUUGAAAUAUCCUGACGUUUGGCACUGCUCUGUCAUUUUGCAUGAGAGUAUUGCAUUAUAUCUAACGCCAUCACGUCACAUUCCUUUCAAAAGGCACAUAGAAGGCCCCCGAGCCGGAUGCGGCAUUUGUCAACAAGGCAGAUAUCGAGGCAAUAGAAAGAUCAGAAUUGACAAUGGGGCUUCUCAAUAACCCUCCUGAGCUGGGGGCAUGGCGGCAACGUCUAUUUGCUCUUGAUGAGCCCGUGAUAAUACCUUAUCACCAAUUCGAAGUUUAUUGGCCGUAUGUCGACAAUGUAUGGGUCCGCAAUAAGGCACGUGGCGUAAAAGGCACCCCUCUCACAAAUGUAUAUUAUUCAUGCCGGCUGUGUAGAAAGGACAAUGCCGGUAAAAUGAACGAUGAGGAAAUCAAUGGGAGCGAUGGCCGCGCUCAUGGAGAAACGGGAGAACCACAGCCGCCACAGUCUGCGCGAGAAGAGGAAAGGGAACGGCCCGAGCCACCAGGUCCACAAGCAGAACCAGGGCAAGAAGCCGAAGUACAUCAUCAGCAAGGGAUUCAAUUACCACAGCCUACUGCGGCCGAACCGCAUAGUGAACCUUCGGAUGAAAGGCCUGCAGGAGCUCCGUCAGAAGGCAAUGAGCAAUAUCAAGCUUCCCUUGAAACAGAUCAAAGCACGCCAAGAAAGAGGACCCGUGUUCGCGCAAAACGGGAAGGUGGAACAUGUCAGGCGCGUCUCAAAAUGGUAUAUGAUGCCCGUACAGGCGCAUACACCAUAACCCGGUACUCUGAACCUCAUACGCAUGACUUGCGACGCUCGGAUCAGGUCAAGAGACCUUCGGCACUCAUGAAUAUCAUGGCUGCUGAAGGCGCAAAGAAUUAUGAACCAGCCGAAAUCAUGCGCGUUAUGCUAAAGCGAGAUCCUGACGGACGCGCCAAACUUGACGAGGCAGGUGGCGCGUUCUUGACUAGGACGGACGUCAAAAACGCGGGCUACAAGGCGCGCCGAAUGAUGUCUGGUCCCGAUAGCGCUGGAAGUCAAGCUCGACAAGAGGAAGGACCACCCGACCACCCGAUAGAUACUUCUAUCGCUUGAUCACUGGGAAUGAUACUCGUCAGGGGGCUCUUGGAUCGUUGUUGCAGCUCUCAAUUGCCGAAAGCUGUUACCGCCACUUUCUAUCCAGUGUCGCGCUUACUUUCAGCAAAGCCUUCUGACCUCCAAAUAUGCGCUCGAACCUUUUCAGUCUUUCGAAGAUUGGCAUCUUAAC